CGAGCUAGCUCACUGGCAAUGGCUACCAGCACCAAGCUCGUGGCUCUUGGCUUCGCCGUCCUCCUGAGCAUCGGGUUCUCCGAUGCCGCGAGGGUAGGUAGGUUGAGCACCAGCAGCGCCGGAGGUGGCGGUGGAGGCGGCGGAGGCGGCGGUGGGUCGUCCGGGAGCGGAUGGGGCGGUGGCGGCGGGGGCGGAAAUGGCAUGGGGUACGGUGAGAGUGGCGGGAACUGGUGGAACCGCUGGAACUUCGCCAGGGGAGGCGGUGGUGGAGGAGGAAUGGGCGGCGGCGGUGGCACCAAUGGUGGAUCCGGCUCCGGAUCCGGCUCCGGCUACGGCUCUGGCCAUGGUGAGAGUGCGUCGCCAGGCCCUAGCAGCGGCAACUACGCCAGCGCUGAUGGUAAGGGCGCCGGCGGCGGCCAGGGCGGUGGCGCCAACGGCGGCGUCGGUUUUGGAUCCGGCGGCGGCCUUGGCAAGGGCCAGGGUGAGAGUGGCGUAGCACUGGCACCGUCCUCCGACGGGUACUACGGCGGCGGCAACGCCGACGCUACCGGUGGUGGCGCUGGCGCUGGCGGUGGGCACGGCGGCGGCGCGGUCGGAGCUCCGAGCUACGGAACUGGAGGUGGCCUUGGCGGGGGCUCGGGACAGGCCGGCAGCGACGGCUCCUGGGGUUCUGGUUACGCCCAGGGAAUUGGUGCUGGCACCGGCGGCGGCGGUGGCGGCGGUUCCGAAGGCGGUUCGGGUGGCGGUGGAGGCGGCGGUUCCGGGUCCGGCAGCGGCGGAAUCCACUGAGAUCCCCCUUCUUCGAGCAAGCUGCAGCAGCUGGAGCCCAGCAUUAGUGUCAGUCCAUUUUGCUAUCGUACGUGAAUUGAGUUUUCUUUGAGUGAGUGGAUUUCCUUUCGUUUGUUUCAGGCAUUUUAGUCAGGAAUAAUGGGCUUCGUGAUUGUACGUAGUGGCUGUAGGUAUCCCAGCGUGCAACUAAGAUGUAAUGGCUUUCUACGAAUGCUCAUCAUCUUUUUGUUGUCCCCUUGUUGUAAUCUGUACGUCUCUCAUCGAUCUCGUUAAUGGAUGCUACUAUUUUUUUCCAA